AUGGAGUUUCCGGAUCAAAUCCUCGAACUCGUUUCAAGUUUUCUCUCGUUUGGCGAUACGCACAUCAUAUGUCAGCAGUUCGACCGCGUAUGGCGCCCCAAUAAACAAGUUCUGUGGAAUGGGGUCAAGGGCUUUCGCGAGGUGGUGCAGAAAUGGGCAGACAAGAACGAGCUACAGACACUGACAACGGUGAUGGGUUCAUUGUCGAGCAAAAGUAAUCCAUCAUAUGGAAGAAAUGGAGGUGACAAAAGGAGCAACUACAUGAAGGGGGCUUCCGCUCUUUUUGCGUGGUACAUCUCCAAGGGCGAUAAAGUCACUGUGCUGGCGUUACCCCCUGAUGAAAACGGAGACCGCUUCAACCCGUCUCCGUACACAAACUACCGCGGCAUCGAAGAGCCGAUCGUCAAAGGUCGGCUUGGGAACAAGGCCGUAGGAGAGAUGUUGAUCCUCCAUCCAACACUGCCCGGGGCUGAGAAGUUCUUCUACCCUCUGUGGCCGAUGGAUGGACAAAAGGCUAUGAAAGCAAUACUAGACACCAAAGGACGGGGCGUAUGGAACUGGAGAACCCCCAGUCCUUCAAAGAAGGCAAAGUCUUGUUUGGAUAGUAUCCUAACGCACGACUCUAACAACGCAGACAAGUGCAUAGUGUCUGGAGUAGCUAUGAACAUGGAGCAAGGAGGGAAAGGGAACAGCAUUCAAGGUGCGCCAAAGGCAACGCCGUCGACUCCAACCACAAACAACCAAAAGCCUAUUCCGCAGAUGGUUGCGAAAAGACCGGAGAAGCCUAGUGACUGUCCCCAUAAUGAACAGACUACAUUGACAGAGAGCGAUAUUAUUUUAUGGCUGGGGAACAAAAACAAGAUCAGACGCGUAUCCGCCGCUCUGCGUACUGUUCUCGCGGCUGAUGAAAUUGGGCUUGGACGAGCAAAAUCGAAGCUUGAGCUUUUGCUCAAAGAGGUUUAUUCACUUAUGAUAGACUGCAUUCAGGAAAGGAAGGCUGCAGGAAAGAGCAGCGACGAAGGAAGCCCCAAAGCAACGGUUGAAGCUGAAACCCUAAUAGAGCAAGCGGACCAGAAAGACUGCUGUGAAUCUCGUCAGACCUCUCUGGAUGUAGCAGCGGCUCUUUUGAAGGCUGAGAGGAAAAAGGAAAAGAGUAGAAGGAAGAAGGAAGAGGAGAAAAAAAGAAAGGAGGAUAUGGAGAAACAAAAAGAUGAGGGCAAAGUAGCAGAAAAUCCGAAAGUUGAUAUAUCCAAGGCCGAAAUGAAAAAGCAAAAAAAGGAAAGAAAGAAGGAGAAGAAGAGAAAAGGAAAGGAGGUGGAAAAACAGAAAGGGGAGAAUAAUCAAAAUGAAGAAAAUAAUAACAACGAGGCGGGAAAAACAGCAGGAGGUUCAACAGUUAAUCUUCCCAAAGCUGGGAAGAAGAAGAACAAAAAGAAAAAUAAGGAAGAGAGAGUCGCGCACUUCUUGCGCCUGCACCUCGUCGGCAAGAAAAUCGUCAAGGCCUCCGCUCAGGAUGAUGCCAACGUUUUUGGAAAGGUCGGGACGACUGGCGAAGCAGUGGUUGCAGCUCUCAAGAAUAGAAAGGUAGUUUCUGUCGGAACACAAGGAAAAUAUUUUUGGUUCGUCAUGGACAAAGCGCCGCAUCUGGUGAUGCACCUCGGCAUGACAGGAUGGUUCCACAUCCGCGGGGCCCGCACCGCCUACACAAACUACUACAAGAAGCAAAACCCAGACGAGGCAGACCAGUGGCCGCCCAAGUACUGGCGGUUCCACCUCGAGGCCCAAGACGGGACCGAGGCGGCCUUUACAGACGCGCGCCGCUUCGGCCGCGUGCGGCUGGUCGACUGCCCCGGCGCCAGCAUCAGAAAGCACACCCCGCUGGUCGAGAACGGACCGGACCCCGUGGUGGACGCCGACGUCUUCACGGCCGAGUACCUGCUCGCCAAGAUGCGCUCGCGGCGCGUCCCCGUCAAGGCGCUGCUCCUCGACCAGGCCGUCGUCUCGGGCGUGGGGAACUGGGUGGCGGACGAGGUGCUGUUCCAGGCGCGCCUGCACCCCGAGCAGCCGAGCCACGAGUUUUCCGACGAGCAGGUCGCAAGACUGCAUGCGGCGAUCCGGGACGUGUGCAGCUUGGCGUGCGACAAGCUCGCCGACUCGGACCUGUUCCCCGACGACUGGCUGUUCAACCACCGCUGGGGCAAGGGGGCGGCAUCCAGGACCGGCGAGCAGGCCCGGCUGCCGGGUGGAGAGAGGCUAGCGUUCCUGACGGUCGGCGGGCGGACGAGCUGCUACGCUCCCGAGCUGCAGAGGAAGACGGGCGGCGGCGUGACGUCGGGGAUCAAGGAAGAACCCCUGGUCGUGGUGGAGAAGAAGAAUGCGGGGAAGAACAAGAAAGUUGAUGGUGGCAAGAAACCCAAUACGACCCAGAUCAAGAAAGAGGGUGGUGUUGAUGCCCAGGGGGAAGAGGAGAACAACCCCAUCAAAUCUACGACACGCAAGCCCAACCCGAGAAAAAGGAAGCAGGAUUUGGACGAUUCGGAAUGUGCUUUGGCCAAAAAAGUUAUCACAAAGUCUGCGUCCAAAGUUGAGGCCGGAGCCGUAGAAGCGGGCCAACCAUUACGGGCCGAUCCUGCAAUUGAUGAUGGCCGGAGGAGAUCGGGGCGUUUGCGAGCAAAGACUAGUAGCUGA